CCCGAGGGGAUUCGGGUCCAGAACGCGCUGACCCGAACCCAGUGAGCUUCUCGCGGCUGGAAAAUGACGGUGGAAAGAAUUUUCGACGAGCUUGGACAUUUUAAACGAUUCCAGGCAUGUCUGUACUUCGCCGCCGUGUUCCAGUCCAUCUCCUGUGGGAUCCACUACCUGGCGUCGGUCUUUCUGGUGGAGACUCCUAACUUUGUGUGCAACAUACCCGGCAACAUCACCGACGUCUUGUUCGGAAACCUGACGGGUCUGACCGUGGAUGAGGUCCUGCCCUUCUUCAAGACCGGGUCCGGUCCCAUGGUGGUGCGGACGACGGAGGGUCAACAGUGGGAGCUGAGUCGAUGUCAGCGCGCCCUUCGUCUCAACCCGCAGGACUUCACUUACCUCUUCAGCGGCAACAAAACGGUGGAAGUCUGCGCCGGGAGCUUUCUGUACGACCACAGUGAAGUGCAGCAGAGCAUCGUGACCGACUGGGAUUUGGUCUGCGAGAAGGAAUGGUUGGCCAAACUGUGUCAGCCCACCUUCAUGUUCGGGGUUCUGAUCGGAGCUCUGGUGUUUGGAGACAUCGCUGACCGGGUUGGACGUGUGCGGAUCCUGAUGUUCACCAGCCUGUGUCAGUUCGUGGUCGGGGUGUGUGUGGCCCUUUCUGGGAACUAUUACGUCUUCAUGGUGCUUCGUUUCCUGCUCGCCAUGGUGUCCAGUGGUUACCUGGUCGUGGUCUUCGUCUAUGUCACAGAGUUCACCGGUAUCCGGGUGCGCACCUGGACCUCCAUGCACGUCCAUGCUGCGUUUGCAGUCGGCGUGAUGGUGGUGGCGCUGAUGGGCUACCUGGUGAGGGUGUGGUGGAUCUACCAGAUCAUCCUCUCCUUAUGCACCUCGCCCUUCCUGCUCUUCUGCUGGAAAUUCCCAGAGACGCCCUUCUACCUGAUAGCCAAGGGACGGUUCCAGGACGCUCAGGCUCUGCUGGACACCAUCGCCCGGGUCAAUGGUCUGGAGUGCCGGCUGAGAGCUGAGGACCUUCUGGAAACUGCAGAGCAGAACGGGGUUCCUCUGCUGGAGCAGGAGACGGGCCAGCAGAAUGAGAACGUGGAGAAGAAACAGUCCAUCCUGGAUCUGUUCAGAACCUGGAGAAUGGCCUGGAGGACCCUCACCGUCUGGUCCAUCUGGUUCAUCGGCAGUUUAGGAUACUACGUCUUCUCUCUGGGCUCAGUCAACCUCGGAGGGAACCAGUACGUGAACCUCUUCUUGGCAGGUGCCGUGGAACUUCCUUCUUAUUUGGUGGGCUGUUAUGCAAUGGACCGAAUUGGCAGGAAGAAGACGUGUGCUCCGGCGCUGCUGCUGGCCGGCGUGGCCUGCAUGCUCAUCAUCGUGGUCCCUGGUGACAUUGAACCUCUGGCCAUUGUCCUCAGUAUGACGGGGAAGUUCGCCAUCGCCAUUGCUUUCGGGCUCAUUUACCUGUACUCCUGUGAGCUGUACCCCACUGUCAUCAGGUCUCUGGCAGUGGGCAGUGGCAGCAUGAUGUGCCGCGUGGGCAGCGUGGUGGCACCCUUCUGUGUUUACCUGGCGGAUGUCUGGACCUAUCUUCCUCAGCUCAUCGUGGGGAUCCUGGCGUUCAUCAUUGGCGUGCUGACUCUGCUGCUGCCCGAAACCCUGGGGCAACCUCUGACCACCACCAUGGAGGAAGCCGAAGCUCUGGGACGGGCUCCGGUCAAGAAGUCCGGCCUGAGCGCCAAGGGCGCCGAAGGAGACGCGCUGGAGAUGAAGCGCGCGGCGAGCGAAGCCUGAAGCUCCUGGCGCUGACGCCGCUGUGUUGACUCUCAUUUUGUAAUCGUCAGAACACGUUGAACAAGCUCAAAACUUUUAUUAGCCAGUGUCAGUGACGCUCCUCAGUUCUCCACUUCUUUGUGUCUCAGGGUUUCGGGAGCCGCUGGACCACAGGAAAUGUCAUCAGUGUUAGCUGCUGCGAGCUUCCAGGUCACGCUACAUUGUUAGCUCUUGAUGCUAAAGAGGGUGAGCACCUCUGCUGGUCAUGAAGCAGCGCUGCCACUUGUGCGUCUGGAUGAAGGAGAACUCUUAGUAGCACAAGCAAAACCUCAGAAAAACCUUCUCUAUCUUGCUCCACUUGGAGGCGCUGCAGCACAUUCACCCACUUACAAACCUGAAUGAAACACGUGAACCCUCCCACAUGUCUAGGUCACCAAACCCUAAAAAAAAUAUCAUUUUCAUUUUAGAGCCAAAAAACCCCCAAAACAUUAAUAUAUCUGUGAGUGUUGAUAGGCGUCAGUUCCUCUGAUUUCAGGUGAACAGCAGGUGUCACUGUUGAGUCGGUGACGUUCCUCUACUAGGUUUAUUUUUGUUCAUCUGAUCGCAUUGUUAAACAGUGGAGGGACACCCUGGAAAGCUGUGCACAACAGGUUUUUCGUCUCUUGAACAUCACAAACAUGUGGAGCCGACACACACGUGACCAUGACAUGACGACGACCUCAAAAGCCAAACAAAGGUCUUGGACAUGAGCUGAACGCUGGAGUCGCUGGGAUUUUCAUCCCUCCAUCAUUGAACGUUCAUGUUUAUGUUUUAAACCUUCGUCUUGAACGCUGCUUUGGUUUGGCUCUUCUAUUCCAGUGUUUUAUUUUUAUGACAUGAUGAGUGUUUAUUCAAGGAGUUCUGCCAACGUCAGCACAAAUCUCAGGACGUUUUUUUUUUUUUUUUUUUUUUCCUCAACUAAAUCCGCGGAGUCAUUCUUAGUUCUUUGUUCAGAGCUGUUUCUGAGCCGUGAUGUCAUCGGUGUUGGCGUUCUGGAAGGUUUGGACCAAAGUUCCGAUUCACCUGUUUAGUCAACAAAUGCAAAAGUGAAGGGCAACAAUGCUUGUUUUACUUUGUUGUGAGG